AUGUUGUCUAAUAUUCGUGCGCAACCAAUUAUGAGUAUCACAUUUAUGAUACUUUUAUUUGGAGGUAGCAUAAUGUUAUCAAACUCAGACAUUAUUGAUGAUCUACAAGAAGAUAAUGAAGCGAUUACAGAUAAAAUUAUUACAAGUGCAAUAUUGCCAAGUUCACUUCCUGUACUAGCAUUAUCAGUUAUAGCAAUGUUUACAGUUAUGCCACUCGAAUUGAUGAUUGGCUCAGUGAAAACUUUAAUUGGAUUAUCUGUUUCAAUAAUUGUUGAUUUAUCGAUCCGUUUUAUACUAUGGGGAUUCUGUGGAUUCCACCUAAAUGAGACAGGUCCUCUUUCAGCUUUAUUUUACUUUUGCCUUCUUUACUUUUUAAUGUUUCCAAAUGUCAACUCAUCCUUCAUUCAUGUUAAAGAGAAAUACAUUCUAGCAUUAAUUUUAGUAGCUUUAUCCUUCUUAGGCCAAUUAACAUCUUUAAUUGCUUUGGGAAGCAGUUUUCUCACAUUUAUUUUCAUCGCACCAUUAGUUCUUCCACAGCCAAACAAGGUUAAAGUAGAAUAA